AUGACGACAACCACUUCACUGAAAACAUUAAUCUUGCUAUCUUUACUAGUAACUGGGUGCCUCGCUCAAAAUGAUACAGGUACAACUUCGAAUGCUACUGUGCCUCAAGAUAUGAAUAUGGAGAAUAUGGCCACAGCCUAGAGCCCACUUGUGACUGGAAACAAAUGCAAGUAUCAGUGGUAUCCUGAGUUCAAUGUCUUGCAUACAAUGUGCUUCGAUGGUAAUGGAAUGCCUUCCAAAACUUAGAUGAGAAUAGUACAACAACCAAUAUCAAAAUGCUCAGUUUAAAAUAAUAACUUCAUUCUAGCUUUGCAUGUAGAAAAUAUCGCAAGAUUCUUUGUCAAGCCAACUGACGGUACCUAUUUUUGCUGUGAUAUAUAUGAACCUGGGUACGGCUAUUUAUUCACUGAUUGCGGGGGCUCUGAGAUGAUUGUUCUAAAUGAUCGACUUAAUGAUAACUUGUACAAGGAUUAAUAAAAGGUACUAGGAUUCACUUAUCCUUUAUGGAAUUUCACUGAACUCUAAGCAUUAAUUAAUGCUAAAUGCAAUAAUACUUAUAAAGUAGUGGAUGAAUAUGCUUGGGGUGGGGAAUAUUAGAUUUGGAUGACCCUAAACCUGCCUUGGUAAAAUUGGAUGACUGAUAUGAAUAUCCAGGAUUUAUAGGACUUAAAAGUCUGGCUCGUAAGAUAUUAUCAAUUCUUGUAAGCUUACUUUAUCUCAAGCUAAUAAGCUAAUGAAACACAACAAGCUGCAAAUAUACAAGCUUUAAUUAAUAGCUUCGAUCCUGCCAUUGUUGACAUGACUAUAACUGAAAUAGCAGCUAAUUAUUCAAUGUUCUUGAAUAACUUUACUUAAUGGUUUUCAAACAUUUCAUCAUAGGCUGUUUAAUCACAACCUGGCUUAGCUGCAAUCCCUCCUGGAUAUAGAGCGAUUGUAAGAUGGGUAAGAACGCAUAUGAUAUAAGAACUUCAUGUUUAAAUUGCAGUUCAAGUUAAUUAGACUUUGCCUUCAGGUGGUGGUGAAAUUCCUCCACCUAGUGGAUUGAAUACUGGAGCCGGAGGUAUCAACGGAGGUGAUUUCGGCGAUUAGACUUACAAUAAUAUGGGUAUGGAUUCACCAGCCUUGACUAGUGGUGGAUCAAACUAGAAUCUUAAUCCCUUUGGAAGUGGUGUAUGA